AUGUCCAUUGUUUCCUUGCUUGGAAUUGAGGUGUUGAAUAAUCCAGCUAAAUUUUCAGAUCCAUAUGAAUUUGAAAUAACUUUCGAGUGUUUGGAGCCUUUGAAGGAAGACUUGGAGUGGAAACUUACGUAUGUGGGUAGUUCACGCUCGCUAGAUCACGAUCAAGAACUUGAUUCCAUCCUCGUGGGCCCUGUGCCGGUUGGAAUUAACAAAUUCUUGUUUCAAGCAGACCCUCCCUCCCCAGAAUUGAUUCCUGCAAGUGAGUUGGUCAGUGUGACGGUGAUAUUGUUAAGUUGUUCAUACGCGGGUAGGGAAUUUGUCCGUGUUGGUUACUACGUCAAUAAUGAGUACGACUCUGAGGAGCUAAGAGAAAAUCCACCUGCUAAGGUUCAAGUUGAGCAUGUUGUCAGGAACAUUUUGGCAGAAAAGCCUCGUGUGACGAGGUUCAACAUUGUCGAUGAGGACGAAGAAGAGGAAGAAGAGGAAGAGGAAGAAGAGGAGGAAGAAGAAGUCGAGGAAGAGGAGGCUGAGGCCGGUGAUGCCGAAGAAGACCUAGAGGAAGACAUUGAGAUAGACGAAGAAUCUCAGAAGCCAGACCAGGACAAAAAUGAAGAAGUUGACACCACAAUGGGCAGCAGUGCAGCCACGCCCAACGACAAAGCCGACAGCUGA